CUACUAUCCCUACCAUGAGGAACCACCAUAUGAUACCCCGUCUAGAAACUUUGGAUAUUCUCCAUACCAAGAUCCUGAUGGGGAUGAUUAUUAUGAACCUCAUGGUGACCAAGAUGACUAUGACCAAUUUGGGCCUAUGCGCGACGAUCAAUCUGAUCCACUCGUCGAAGAAAUAAUAAGAUUAGAACAGAAAAUCUUCUAUUUCGACGAACUUUUAUUUGCUGAAGGCUCGUGGUACGAACCACCCUACUCCCGUGACUACACUUUGUUUGCUGAAGAACAAAUUGAAGCAAAAAAGGUGGCAAUUCGAGAAAGAGCAAAACUUCUCGAAUCAGUUCGGAAGGAAAAGGAGUUCGAAAGGAGAUUAUGCGAUGGAUCAUGUAUGAUGCAGAAAAUGCUAGAUGACUUCCAAAGAGAGAGACUAGAAGCUGAGGCUAAAGCUGAUAAAUUAGUCAAUGAUCUCUGCAAGGCUGUUGAACUUAAACACUCCUUCCAAUCUCAAGAUCAAAUGAGGGAGAUUAAUGUUCAAAAAGAGGCUCUAGAACCUAAGACCAACCCUGAACCCAUCAACCAACAGGUCCCGGUUCUGGAAGAUUCACCUAAUUCCGCACCAUCACAGAAACCCGAGAGCAUAACAACUCUCGCUAGGGCUACUGUGGUGAUAUUACCUGAAUCUCUUCCUAGCCAAGACCCAACUAGCAUAGUUGUACAUGAGGUGGAACCAACUGAGGGACCUGACUCAGAACCACCUAUGCUUAUUCAAGAAAAGAAGGAGGAGGAAGUUUUGCCUACGGCAAUAAACGACCAUCUCAUUAAUGGUGUUGAAGACACACCUCCAAAGGAACCUGUUUUGGAGGAGAUAGAGCCCAUUACCUGCCCCCAAGAUUCCAAUAUCCAAGAGUCUGAGGAGGAAACAUUGUGCACGGAAAACCCAACUUCGUCUAUAGAAACCUGUGCAAAUAAUCCUUCACCAGGAUAUUCAGACCAAACUUUAUUUGACUCCUUACAUGACGGGUGUAACCCGGUUUGCCCGGAGGAUAGUUGGAGCCAAAAGAGUUGGGAUGAACUUCUGGUAAGUGACACUGAAGACUCAUCCAUGGGGGAAAGCACGGUCGUCAUCAUCAAACCACAAAUGGAUAGUCAGCCUAUUGAAGAUAAGGAAGGAAUCAAUUUCACAAUCAAAGCUAAUGAUGUGGAUCAACUGAGGAGACUUCCGCCACCACCCACCUAUCUAGAGUCUCCUCCUUUUAUCCUGUUGCCGCCAAGCCGCAGGGACGAGUCAAGGAUCCUGGACCUUGACCGAGCAAAGAUUCAAACAAGGUGGCAUCAGAAGAGAGUCAGAAGUGCCAAACUUUAUGACUCUCGGAUCGGAAAGUCGCGGAAAAAGUGGAUGCCUCAUCGUCCUUCUUACCCUACUGUGGACCGUAAUGAGGUCCAACUGAUUGAUGCUGCUUCUAGGAUGAGGUUCGAUGAGUGGGGACACUCACGGGUGUUACACGAGUCUGUGUGUCUUGCUCAGGACACAUUGACGGACUAUGGCUAUGCAGAGGAGAUGGAGGAGCUGCUUAAGGGGACCAGAUGGCAGCGCCUGCUUCAGAUGAGGGCAGAGUCUAGCCUACCACUGACCAUCGAGUUCUUAUGCUCGAUAUCUACUGUCCCGGAGAUUGAGUCACGCCAGAUGACUCACACUUUGAUCACUGCUGAUACCACAUUUGCUUUCACUCUUGCGGGCUAGUCAUUUCAUUUGACAGCUAUGUUUGUUUGAGGCAUUGAAGAAACCGACGCGAUAUGGCGUGGCGUUACCGAAUUAACCACCGUUGUAGCUCAAAUUUGAAAUUGGUUUUGUGCUUGAGUCAUUAGAAACGAAUUCGCCAUGGCUGCAACAACGUUUAAUUCCGUAGUGCCACACCAAGAUACGUUCAUUCCUACGAUGCCUCAAACUUAAAGAGACUAAAGAUCUCAUAAACAGAUUUUGUUUCU